AGGAGAAGAUUUGCAAAUCACUUGGUUUGUAUAAGAUAUGGCAGCGGACGAAUCAAAUUCUCUGGAGUAUACACCAUCAUGGGUGAUUGCUGCUGUCUGCUUUGUAAUUGUUCUCAUAUCUCUUAUUGUUGAGCGUGGUCUUCACCAUCUUGGGAAGUGGUUGAAGCGUGAGGAUCAAGAUGCACUCUUCGAAGCCUUGCAAAGAUUAAAAGAAGAAUUGAUGCUAUUAGGAUUCAUUUCCCUCCUAUUAACCGUCUUACAAAGUGUUCUAGUUCGAAUGUGUGUCCCACCUUAUCUCACAUCUCAUAUGCUUCCCUGCAAGAGGCAUACUGAGUCCAACAAUCAUGGAAAAUAUCUUUCUCAUGCUAUAAAUAAUCCAAGGCGUCUAACUUCUGAAGACAUUAGUUCUGAACAAUGUGCCAAAGAGGGGAAGGUCCCAUUAUUAUCAUUGGAAGCGUUGCACCAGCUGCACAUAUUCAUCUUUGUGUUGGCUGUUGUUCACGCGAUAUUCUGUGCCACUACAGUGGUUCUCGGAGGAUUAAGAAUACGUCAAUGGAAGCAAUGGGAAGAUAAAAAAGGUCAAGCAAAGGAAAGUGAUCGCCAUGAGUUCGUCCAAAAACAUGCAGGUGGGUAUUGGACGAAGUCAGCUGUAGUUAGUUGGAUGAUAUCUUUUUUCAAACAGUUUCAUGGCUCUGUGACCAAGUCAGACUACUUAGCACUUCGAGAAGGAUUUAUAAUGACCCACGUCCCUCGCAGUCCUGAAUUUGAUUUUCACAAGUACAUGAUGCGAGUACUUGAAAAGGAUUUCAAAAAAGUUGUCAGCAUAAGCUGGUACCUGUGGCUAUUUGUGGUGUUGUUUUUGUUGCUAAAUGUGGAAGGAUGGCAUACUUAUUUUUGGCUAUCAUUUCUACCUUUAGUUCUUCUACUUCUUGUGGGGGCCAAGUUAGAGCAUAUAAUAACUCGCUUAGCUCAGGAGAUUGUCGAUAAGAAGAAGCCAGGCCAAGAAGCAGCACGAGUGAAACCCUCAGAUGAACACUUUUGGUUCCAUCGUCCUGGAAUUGUGCUUGACUUAAUUCACUUCAUUCUAUUUCAAAAUGCAUUUGAGAUUGCAUUCUUCUGCUGGAUCUUGUUUACCUAUGGGUUGCAGUCAUGCAUCAUUGAAAAAAUACAGUACAUCAUCCCAAGAGUUAUUGUCGGCAUAGUUGUUCAAGUUCUCUGCAGUUACAGCACCUUGCCUCUCUAUGCUCUUGUCACACAGAUGGGAAGCAAAUUUAAUCGACACGUGCUUGAAGCGUACAUGGGUGUACCUCUUGAUAAUUUGUUUGCUAGGAAGGACAGACAUCAAGCAACCCCAAGCAUCUUCACUGCAAUUACGAUGACAAAAGAGUGUGAUCAAAUUCAGGAGCAAGAAAUGGUUGUUAUUGAAGAAAGCAAAAAUUCGACAAUCCGAAACAAUACAUCAUCAGUUUGAAUUACAAUCUACUGAAUCUAGCAAGCAAAUAAUAAGCUUUCGCGAAGUCAGUUAAUCCAUCCAGCUCCGUUUCAUAUUAUAUAUAGCAGUAACAUUUGGGCACUCAAGCUCAUAAACGUUUUCCUUUGUUCUGUUUAAUGAAUGUGUAAAACUGUUUUAAUAUGAAAUGCCAUUUUCUUCUCUCACCGCGAAUUUCUACUCUUUUUCUUGUUUCCUUCUUUUCCCUAGCUGCCGCCCCUUUUCCCCCUCAGUGGUUAGAAUGGAUAGCUAAAAAUGAUAGUUAUCUCCUCUCCUAUGAGGGUUCGUAAGUAAUAGAGUUUGCAAGAUUCA